CUGUUUGCUGAGAUAUGGUUUCUCUGAGUAACGUGUGAGUCAAAUUAAGGUUUUGUGAAGUUGGAUCAGUUAUUUAUUUGCUGGAAAGAUUUUGGAGAGCUAAACAGACAUGAUGGUAUUAACAACAUGCAUGGGUGGUUCCAAAAACUUUUUAAAUCUGGAACACAAAACAAGAACAGCAAAACAGACGAAAAACCAGCAGAGGGUGCUAGUGUCAAAUCUAAAUCAUCUUCAUCAGAAGGAACAUCUGUUGCAAAACCACAGCAGUUAAAGACUUCUCUGAGUUCAGAGCUGAGAUGGAGACGGAAAUAUGAUGUGUUUGUGUGCCACAGCUUUGCCCAGAAAGACACUGAGGAGGCUGAACGCCUGGUUUUGUUCCUUGAGACUCCACCCCGCAGCCUCAGGUGCUUCCUAUGGCACAGGGACUCAUGUCCAGGAGGUGCUAUAUCCACAGAGUUUUGCAAGGCCCUGGAAAACAGUCACAUUCAGGCUCUGCUCAUCACUCCCAGCUUUGUGCAGGAUGAUUGGUGCAGUUACAUGAUGCACCAGACCCUGGCAGAGAGACCCAUGUCCAAUACUAUGAUACCCCUUCUUCUUGACUUGGCCCACUCUCAGUACCCGCAGGAACUGAGGUUCUACUACUACAUUGAUCUGAGCAAGAAUCCUGACAAUGGCUUCAAUGUCGUCAAUAAGACUGUACAAAGUUAUUUGAAAAGGUUGAUUCAAAGUGAAGAGGAACUGAACCACAGCUUGGGUGACUCAAGCUGUGCAUCAGAUAGAAGAGACAACACGCAAGAAAGCAACUUGAUGUCAGUGCAAAAGCCGGCAUCGCGUGGUGUAGAUCUCGAGACUUCUACGCCACAAGAACGGAUACAGCAGAGAGACAAAAGCAUCAGAGACAUUUGCUGUGACCAAGACUAAAAUAUAUAUACAUGUGGUGCACUAAACACACUGCUGCUGAUGACUAAACCCACAUUACGGAUAGUUUUGGUCACUUCCUGCAGUGUUUCGAAAAGCUGUUUCACUCUAGGGACUUCUUUAGUCAUACUGGGUGGAGUGUUCAAGAUGUUUUCACACUUCAGCAGAAAUUCAUCUUUACAGGGCAAAGAAGUAUUACUUCUUUUCUUUGUCAGAUCUAAAAAAUGUUGUUUUGAACAUGAAGCACCCACCAAUAACUAAUUCCUUUAAAAAUAUAAUCCACUUUUAUGCUUGGCCUGAAGUUAGAGAAAAGGUGAUGUAUAGAAAUAUAUUUAAAAAAAUAGGUGCUCAGACUCAUCUCACCAAACUAUAUAUCAGAUUUUUUUGUUUAAUGUGGGCUUGAUUUUUUUUUAGAAAUUAAUGUUGAAUAUUUUUUUCUGUUUAAAUGAUUAGAGACUUGCUUCUAGUGUAACUAUAUUUUCACUACUUUUUGUGGUGAUACACCCAAAAGCCAACAGGAAGCUCCAAGAAGCAGAAGAAGUAAGGUUAUGUGAAGUUAGUCUGUAACAAACAACAAAAGAGAAGAAGACGAAAGGAAACUAGGAUCAGUGGCUUUAUAGCGAAACAAAAGAAGCUUUAAAGGAAACACAGCAAUAACCACAUAGUUGGAAUCAAAAUUAUUCACACAUACUGCAAAUUAUAAUAGGUUUAUUGGUAUAACAUACAUUCAAAAACACAAAUAUCUUAAGACAAACUAAUAUUUCAUUUGUUUUCUUUAUUUAAUACUAUAGCAAUUCAUAAUACAGUACUUGAAUUCUUUGGGGAGUAGUAGUAUGCAUCCUAAAGUUCAGGCAUUCAACCUUUCACCUUUUCAUAUGUGUAGAACUAUGCUGAUUAAAAUCCCUGUGGUUGUUGCUGUCAAGUCUUGCUGCAGCUCUCUUAAAGUAAGUUAAGAAUUUUUGACCAGUUGUCUCCUCAGAAAUCAAGGAAAACCCUUGAUAUAAUUGCCCUUGACCUCAAAUUUAUAAACUAGUUAUAUGUUUGGGAACAUUACAACCUUUUCUGAAUUUUAGUUUCACUCAUGUUAUUUAUUUGCCAAUUCUUUUGACUUGUCCAUAUUUCUAACACAAAUGAAGUCUACAAUUGGGUAAUUGAUUAAUGAAUGUAUGCUCUUGUACAAUUAGGGGGCUUGAAAAUUGUAAACUCAUUGAAAAAAGGGUUUAGUGCUAAAUUUGGAUAGAAUUUUAAGAAUAUUAAUGGUUUUCAACAAACUGUUC